AUGAUCGUGUCAAACCAUAGCCACGUUUACGCGCUUUUGGCGUCGAGAUUGUCGAAAGUGAUUAAUCGUGGGUAUAAUAGCACGAUAUCUAAUGGCACUAUAUAUAAUGGCACGAUAUCUAAUGGCACGGCAUCCGGGAAUAUUCUGAGAAUUCAACCGCUUGGCAACUCGAUAACUUUUGGCUAUUUGUCUACUGAUGGAAAUGGCUAUCGCCUCGGUCUCCUUGAUCAACUCAUUUCUGCUGGAAAUACGGUCCAGUAUGUUGGUUCCGUUCGAGUGGGUAACAUGAGCGAUAAUUUUAACGAGGGCCAUCCUGGAGCCGUCAUCUCACAAAUCGCCGAAUAUGCAAAGCUAUCAUUCUCUGAGGAUCCCAAUCUCGUUCUGUUGAUGGCUGGUACGAACGACAUGAACGACUUACUGAAUGUCACUACCGCUCCGGAGCGACUCAGCGCACUUAUCGAUGAAAUUAUUUCUUCGGUUCCAGACGUGACUGUAAUAGUUGCUCAACUCACCCCAGCUGCAAAUACGACAGUAGAGAGCGCGAUAGUUACGUUCAACUCUAUGAUCCCCGACAUCGUCGCAUCUAAAGUUAACACUGGGCAAAAGGUAUCCACAGUUAACAUGAUGGACUAUGUUACUGUGAAUGACCUAGCAGAUGGACUUCAUCCGACAGAUCAUGGAUAUCAGCAAAUGGCAAAAGCGUGGUUCGCGGGCAUUCAGGAAGUGCAGAAGAAAGGAUGGAUAGAUCCUCCGAUUUCCACCAACAUUACUACUGUGACCAACUCUACUAUUGUUUCUACCAAUGCUGUUAAUGCUACUGUUGCUGUCACUCAGCCUGUUCGGACUACACUUCCUACUAGUACGAGUUCGAGCACAACUUCUAGUAGUAGCAGCACCUCUUCUAAAUCAGCUUCUGACCGACAGUUCCUCAUUCCUCCGGUGGGCACCAUAUCUCUUUCCGCUUUGCUUGGUUACUUUCUGUUCGCCUGA